UCAACAUGGCAGCUUGGUAAUCGUACUAAUUUUUGUCGCGACAAAGUCGCUGCUUAUCCAUUGAAAAUUUGAGCAGUGUUGUGCCAAAGUUUUAAAAAACUCGAGAGAAAUGGAUAGUAAAGAUUAUGACAAUGUGAAAAACAUGACUCUGAUGUUUUUCUUAGACCGGUUAAUGGAUAAAGGCCAACCACGAACUCUUCACGAUCUUUCGUGCCAGUUUGGUACUAAGGGUUUUACCAAAGAAAUGCGUCAGAUUGCUGGGGGAAGCCAGUCUGGCUUGCGGAAAUUUUUAUUGCAGUACCCAUCAUUGUUUACUAUAGAAGGUGAUCAUGUUCGUGUCACAUGUUUGAGCAGUGAAGAUCCUUCUUCUGGAGUAGGAACCAAAAGAGAUUAUGCCCUAGAAGCUGUUGAGUACUUUGAAAAUAAGUUGGGAAUGUAUGGGAAUGCAGAAGUUCCAAUAAAAAGUUUACUUGGUCACCGGUCUCAAGCUAGCCCAGAAAUUCGCCAUAUCUCAGGACAGCAUGUGAAGGAAUUCAAGGAUUUUCUACAGCGAUACCCAGAUGUAUUUGUGAUUCAAGAUGAAUAUGUAGUUCUGAAGAGUGUACUUCAAACACCAGAUGGAAAGUUGAACACUAACAUUACAAAGGUGCCUGAAGAAGAGCCUCUUGAUCCUCAGCUUACAAAUCAGUUACUCACAAUAUUUGAAGGUGUUGUUAAAGCUGAAGGCAAGGUUUCAGUUGAACAACUAUUAAACAAUCUUAGCUCAAACUAUCCAAGGCUAAUGUGGUCCAAAAUGAUGAAGAGUACCCAGGAUCUCAUUGCAUUUUUAAAGAUGAACUCUCACAUAUUUUGUGUACAAUCUAACAUGGUAUCACUUGUGCCUCAACGUUUGCAAACAUACAUAACAUCCAAGGUCAAUGAUAAUAAUAAUACCACAAACACUAUGUCAUCCUUACCAGUAUCACCUACAAAUGGUAUUUGCCGUUCUUCUGAAAACUCAAAGAAUUUCCAACAGCGAUUAAGAAUGCAGGUAAUGAAAGCUGUUGCAGAUAAUUCAGCCAUUGAUUACAAAGAUCACAACAAUCUGUCUAGCAGUAAUAGUGGCUUAAUUGGUGGGAAAGACUGUGCUGAUGACUCAUUAGUACAGAUGAUGAAAAAUACAAAAAUGAUAACUAAAGUUAAAGAAGGCUUAACUGUUGUGCAGCAGAUUCUCAGUAGUGGUCAAGAGGCUGUUGCUGUUGAUGUAGAAGGUGUUAACUUAGGGCCUUCAGGCCCUUUGACAUUGGUACAGUUAGGAACAAUGGAUAAAAAGGUGUACAUCUUUGAUUUAUUGUCUUCCCCUCAACUGAUGGUAGAAGGAGGUCUUAAGGAACUGCUACAAUCAGAAAAUAUAUUUAAGGUUGUACAUGACUGCAGAAAUGAUAGUGGUGCAUUUUAUCAUCAGUUUGGUGUAAUAAUGAAGAAUGUUUUUGACAUGCAGGCUGCUCAUGCUGUUCUUCAGCAACAGGAUGCAGGCAAGCCUGUUUAUAAAGUCAAAAAUAUAUCACUUAAUACACUGUGUAGUACCUAUGGUGGACCCAUAAACCCAAGAAAGGAUCAGAUGAAGAAUCUUUAUCGCCGAGAUCAGAAGUUCUGGAUCAGACGGCCUUUGACAGAAGAUAUGAUCUUUCAUGCGGCCUUUGAUGUCUUCUGUUUACUCCCUACAGUCUACAACACAAUCAGAGAAAUGUUGCGUCCAGAAUCUUUGCCACUUUUAGAGGAGCUUUGUGAGGAGCAAGUCCUGGUAUAUAUCAGGCCUGAUGAAGUCAAGGGUCGAAAGAAACAAAGAAAGAUUGAUAUGGAAGUAUCAGAUUUGAAGCGGAAACUAGCAACCCCAUCUUGUAAACAAAUUGUUCUUAGCAAUAGAGAAAUUAGGCUCUUAAGGUAUGUGGAGUUAACUGAUGAAGAACGUAACAAAAUUGAGGGAUCUCAGAAAGUGGCCAAAAAGCUGGAACGGCUUCGUAACAGAGGAACAAGUAAUGACUCUGGUUCCAUCCACUCAGGGUCUGGAUAUGCUGGAGAUGAUUGCUCUGAUGAUGCAAGUGGAGAAGAUAAUUAUGAUGAUGUUGAAGAAGGAGAAGAAAGAGAUGAUAGUGAGUGUAGUAUUGGAUAUGAUACAUUUUUUGAUUCCUUGAGUAUGAACACUUCUCCCAGUCAUUCCCUCCACAACUAUCGUAUUUACAGCCCUGAUGUUCUUCUUACUAAUGAUUACAUUGAUGGGAUAAGCAUUAACUGGCCACCAGGAGGAGUGAACAAUUGCAAUUGUAACUGCUUACUUACAAACACUUUAAAACGUAAGGAAAAGAAUCUUACAAAUGUGCGGGAUUCAGGCUCACAGACCCUCUCUACUGGCGACAUUGUUAUUACAAAAGUAUUUUUUGAAGAAAAGUUGAAAGAUAAAUUUCAAGAGAUUAAAUAAUAAUAGUAAAGGCCUAAUGAAAAUAUAUUUUUAAGUACAUAAUUAAUAAGGUCAUAUCCCAAGAAUUGUAUCUUUUUUAUUUUUUUUUAGUUUUUUAAGCAUGUUAAACAAGGAAACUAAACUUUAGUUGUAAAUAUAAUUUCCUUCAUCUUUGUUAUAUUUUAAGAAGUAGAUUUUAAUUUCUUUUUCACACCAAUAAGAAUUUUUAACUUGUCUAUUCUAGCAGUAUAUCUAUUUUGGAAAGAAAGGAGGAAUAGACAGAAUUCAAAGAGCUGUAGAUUAUUUUAAUUAUACAUAAGGCUACUAAAUUAUUAUUAUUUUUCUUUAUUAAAGCUUGCUGUGUUUAGCUUUCGUGAUAGGAUAAAUAAGGUACCUUAAUGACAUACAUUUAUGUCAUGUGGGAGAGAUCUUGUAUGUAAUGUCAGUACAGAAACUUAUAUUUGGAUCUUAUUGAAGAUAACGUAUAUUUAUCAGAGAGGAUUAUGACUAGUAACAUUUCUGGUAUGUGUGGUGGCAAUUGAGAAAAGGCUUUCCUCAAUUUACAUGCUGGAAAACACUACUGGAAGAUUCGAUGAUGAGGAACCCACUUUGAGACUAAUAAUGGUUGGAGACGGCUUG